AUGAAAGAGGCAGCAGAGCUGCUGCUUACAAGCCAAGCCAACGUCAGCGCCAAAUCCGCCGACGGUGAGAACGCCGCCAUGCUGGCCGCUGUGGAGUCGGGUGAUGAACUGGUCAUGCGACUUGUAGGAUACCGAGUGGCGCUCGAGCGAUCUGAUCGUCGUGGAUACACCCUGCUGUUCUAUGCAGUCGAAAGUGGACGCGAGGAGCUCACCAAGUGGCUGUUGAAGACGAAGUCCAACCCAAAUGCUCGGGCAAAGGACAAGAGCACUUGUACAAUGUUGGCUUCGGAGAAAGGCCACCUGAAGAUCUUGAAAGCUCUUGUGUCCAAGAACGUUGAUGUGAAUGCCAAAGACCUCAUGGGCAAUAAUGCCUUGCUGCUCAGCGUGAUGGGGGCCAGGGACACUGUCGCCCGGUACCUCAUAAAUCAUGCUGCGGACUGCACCAUCAAGAACAAGGCCCUGGGAGUCGCCGCCAAGCUGAAGCUGGGGCCACUCAAAAGCUUGCUCGACACGAUGACACGGAAGACCCAGGAUCGAGGUGGUGAAGAUGACGAUGAGCUGUAA